AUGAAUAGGCCAGGCGGGACGCCCCUAAACCGGUCAAGCAGAGAGAAAAGCAACGAGAAGAACGGCGCGAAGAGUGCGAGCAAGGGGGUCCGCAGGAGCAGCGGGAAGGGCAUUAGUAAGGGGAGCCGCAAGAGCGGCGCUGUGGGCAGCGGCGUGGGUAGCGGUGUGAGUAACGACGUGAGCAGCAGUAUAAGUAGCCGCGCUAACGCCACCACCGAUCGCACCACCAACCGCAGCACCGACGAGGGCGCGGACAACCCCGCCGGCAGCAGCCCCAAGAGUGCCGCAAACAACCCCGCCGGCAGCAGCCCCAAGAGUGCCGCAAACAACCCCGCCGGCAGCAGCCCCAAGAGUGCCGCAAACAACCCCGCCGGAAGCAGCCCCAAGAGUGCCGCGAACAACAGCGGGCACGAUGACUACUACGCCAUCUUGGAGGAGCUAGCCAAAUCAGAAACGCCCAAAUUUAGAUCCGUCCAGGAUAGCAUGGACGAAAAUCUCAACCUCGAAUUUUUGAGGUCCUCCAGUGAAAAUUACACCUACAAGAUUACCUCCAGGGGCCCCGUGUGCUACUCGGCCCUCUACCGAGACGACAAGUACGUCUACCGCCACAUAAUCCUGAGCGACAAUGUGAGGCAGUAUGCAGAGAGCAAAGUGCGAAAAACGAAUGCCUUCCUAACCGAGCACUGCAUAGUGAACGAAUUGCAAAUUGACAUAGGCAAGGGGUGGAAACACUUCAUGAUUUACGAUGGCAAGAUUCGAGAGCUGAUUUUGCGGAAGGUCCUGACCGCCGAGGACAAGUUGAGGAUGGCCGUCCAGGCGCAGAAGUACAAUUAG